AUGGAUGAUACCGAUAAGCCGGAUCCUAUCCUUAAACAAGUACCCCUUGUCAAGAACCCAUCGUUUCAACCCCCCAAACCAGUGACAUUGAAGACCAACUAUGCAAAGCUAAUCCCAACUUUGUCCAAGUCAUCGGUUCCCCCAAAGAUCAAUUUGUCGGAGGAUGACUUGAGGAAGUGGUUGAACGAAAUACAGGCCUUAAAAGCCAAAGUGGCCAAUCUGGAGGAUCCAAGCGACUUGGAUGUCCAGAAGUACGAAGAGUGGGUACAGCUGCAGCAGGCAAAAGUCGCUCCAGGAUUCUAUUCAUUCGAAGGCGUUAUGCAACCAAGCAAAAGGGAAAUUGUCCCAGAGAAGGUGGUGCUAGAAGACCAAGAGGUGAACGAACUAGAUAAAGUAUUUGGAAAAUCGACUAUUUAGAUCAUAGCUGUCAAUUUCUGCUGAGCAGUACGCCCUAGAAGAGCUGAUUGCCUAGUUCAGGAUCCAUUAGGAGGGUUUUUGCCAAUAUUGUGAUUAACCUUGUUG